CAGUCCAUGUACGUUUGUAUACAAUAUGAAAUAUAAUAUCCAUAUCAGAGUCCAUAUUCUGUUUACCUCUACCUAGCAGUAUGUUGUCAUUCUUGGUGUUGAUCAGUACAAGACAGUUGAAUACUUGAAAUUUCUCAUUAAUUUGUAAAUAGAUAAUAAUGACAAGAAAACCCUUACUUACAAUUAUCUCAUGAGAGGAUGGUAUUGAUAUACUUAAAAUUUAAUGGUUUAAAAUAUCUUUGUGUGUUUGGAAUAAAGUGAGUCAAAAUGAGACUUCCUGAGUUUUUUUGGAACACAACUAUUCCAGAAAUAAUAAGCAGCAGUUCCAUUCCGAUAAGAAAUAGAGCCGGGUUUGAGACCAUAGCUGUGAUCUUACCAUCAUUUUUCUACUCAUUAAUAAUCGUUGUAUUGGAAACGUAUAUCUCGCUGAAGACGUCAUCUAAAUUUGUCUUAGAAUUAGCCACCAUAGUUUUACCAAUAACAUUAGGAAUGACGCUCUUAUCAGAAUAUUCAAAUCUAAUGAUAGGAGUGCUGAGUAUGUUGAGCGCCCUGUUAUUGGGUGUCUCUUACAAAAAAAGAACGAGCACCAAGAAGUCUGAUUCAUUCCAUACUAGUUUUAUCACCAAUUCUAGAUCUACUAUUAACAUUUUAUCUGUGAUAGCUAUAUUAGCCGUUGAUUUCGACAUAUUUCCGUCUAGAUUUACAAAAAUGGACACCUUGGGAUACAGCCUGAUGGACACCGGCGUUGGCCUCUACGUCUUCGCUAACGGCAUCGUGUCACCGGAGUCUCGGGGGGUAAAAAACCCCAUCUCCAAGUCAAUAAAAGGUUCAUUACCUCUGUUUUUGAUAGGUAGCGCCAGAUUCGUACUUACCAAACUCUUCCACUACCACGUCCCUGAGGGGGAGUACGGAGUACACUGGAAUUUUUUUAUAACUCUAGCUGUCACCAAACUGUUCACUUCGUUCCUUCUCAACGUUUUUAGUAUUAGGAAUAUUUAUGUUAAUGCUACGAUGCUAACCUUAGCACACCAGAUAUUACUAGUGUGCGGACUACAAGAAUUCGUCUUUGAAGAUUUUAAAAGAGACAACUUUGUCAAGGCUAAUAAAGAAGGACUGGUCUCUUCCAUUGGCUUCAUCUCUUUGUAUCUCUAUUCCGUUCAUUUUGGUUAUGUACUAGACUUAAAAAAUAAAAACCAAAAAUUCUCUAGCGUGUUUAAAAAAUUUGUGAUAGCUAUUUUACUAUUCCUAACGUUAUCUGUGGCGUUUCAACAAACUUUUGGAAUAUCGAGACGGGUAGCUAAUGCAGCUUACGUCUUUUGGAUUCUGUUUAUAGGUAUCUUUAUGACGGGAUUGUUUUACAUACUUCAAACCAUCCAAAUCGCCAUUUUUGGACCGACUAGGGUAGUACUUGUGUCUUAUAUUUUCGAAGCUGUCAAUCAUAAUGGUUUAGUAUUUUUUCUAAUCGCUAAUGUGCUGACUGGCGUUAUUAACAUGUCCAUGAAUACUAGGAAAGUUGAUACUAUUCCCGCCUUAUUAAUUGUUAUGGGUUAUAUGACUGUCAACUGUCUAGUUGUGGCAGUUUUGUAUUCCAGAGGAUUUAAAUUGAAACUUUGACAGGAACCGCAAGUAAAACAGAAAUUUGGAUAAAGUGAAUUGAUCCAAAGAUGUGCCUUAAAUCGCUGUAAUGAACUUCUCUACAGAGUUAAUGCAUCGUUAGCAAUUAGUGAUUAGGUUUUUGUGUCGAAUGUUUUUCAUCUUUACCUACUGCAAAUGAUUUUCUUGGCAGAUGAGAGAUUACAACCAUUGAGCAGUCUUUGAAGAUCUCACAUACCACCCUAUAACAAACCAUAUUUUUUGCUCCUAGAUUUAGUGAUGGUCUGUAUCAGACCGAGGCUUUUGCAAAUCAAUCAGUUUUUUUUCUUCUUUCUUUCUUGGCUCUACAACUCUAAUAGUCUUGACCACGUUUAUUAUUUUCCUCAACUCUUACCGGUUUUAUGCAAUAACCUCCCAUUGUUGCAGCCCCAUCUUACGUAGAUCACUCCUUACUGUAUCCUUCCAUCUUUUUCUUGGGCGACCAACUGACCUCUCAUCGGGCCUUUCCCAAAAGGUUGUUUUUAGUAGUCUUCCAUCAUUCGAUCUCAUUAGAUAUCCUGCCCAUCUUAUACGAUUUGCCUUGAUGUAUCGUACUAUGGUCUUACUGUUGUUUUGUAUACUUUCAUUUUACUUUCCGUGGUCAGAUAUUUGUUUCUCGGAGGCAACCACUUACUUUUGCUGCUUGCCUUGUGGUCUCUGUUUUUAUAUUCCUGUCGCUAGUGAUCUCUACUCCUAGGUAAUUGAAUUUCUUUACUUGUUCUACAAUUUUGCCGUCUAUUUCUAGUUUGCAUCUACGCGACUCUUUACUGAUCACUAUACAUUUAGUUUUUUCUACUGAUAUUCUCAUAUUAAAUUUGUUUGCUGUGAUAUUGAAGGUGUGGAGCUGCAUUUGUAUCAUUGUUAUCAGCAAUUAGUACUGCAUAAUCGGCAUAGUAUACAGUCGCGAUUUUAUGCGCUUCCAUGUGUUAUCCAUGUCGUUUUCUUACUUCGUGAAUUAUUUGAUUCAUUACCAUAUUGAAUAGCAAUGGGCUGAACGGGUCUCCUUGGCGGAUUCCUCCUUUUAGUUAUAUGCAUUCUGUUUCUCCUGUUGACAUUAUAACUCUGUUCUUGUUAAUUUCAUUAAUUGUUCUUAUCUGAUGGUCUAUUUGUUCAGCUUAUAAUAAAUUUAAGAUGUCAUUUCGCCUCACCCGGACAAAAGCACUUUUUAAAUCUACAAAGCACAUGUAUGCUAGUUUUCCAUGUUCAAUAGACUUUUCUUUUUUAGAAGAGAGUCGAAAUUUCAAAAUAAUUCAUGAAAAUAAUUUCAUCUGUGAUCUGUGCAAAAAUUUAACUGACUAUAUAUUUGGCAGUCAUGGUCAGGAUGUGGCGAUAGGGAUCCCAAAUGUGUUCAUAUGUUUUCUCUCUACUUUUUUCAGUGUCCACGACAAAAACCAGUUCAGCUUGAGCUUGAAGGAGUUUUUGAAAACAGAAAUAUAAAAUUUUGACGGUAAUAUCUCGUUGCUGUAUAUUUUUUCUAGAUUAUUACAAGUAGUUUGAGAUCACACAAUUUGUCUACAGUUCCUUGAUUUUAAUUUGAAGUUUAUACACUUGUUGGACUGUUUUUGAUACAGGGUAAACCGUUAUUUUUAUUAUAAAUUUCAAACAAUUUUGGUUUGUAAGUAAAAACAAAAUUGCAAUUUAUUAUGCACUUACCACGAUGUUAUUGUAAGUCUAUUCUUUUUCAACAACCUUUCCGAUAACCUUCAUCGAAAGAGGUGAAUUACUAAUAAUUUAUUUAUAAAACAAUGUACUGACGACUUAAUGAUUAAAAAUAAGUGUUUUGUAUUUUAUUAUUUUGUAUUUUUGUUAGUAAUAUUGUUAUUUAUUAAAAAAAUUGUAAAAAUACACAAAAAUUUUAAUACAUCACUUUCAUAUUA